GUUUGUUUGUUUCGUUAUUUGGGUAUAGUAAGAGGAAAAUUUGAUGCUAAAAUGUGCUCUACGCUCAACCUGUAUAUUGCACAAUAAAACAACCAGUAAGUGUAUUGAUUUGGGGGGUAUUUAAUUUUAUAAGAUAUUUAAUUUGAGUGUGUUUUGCUUUCCCCGCUUACCUUGAAACAAGCCAUCAUGAUAAAAUUAUUUUGUUUUCUUUCCCUUGUUUUGUCAGAUGGCGUCCGCUCAGGCACAACGACAAGCGACGGUUAAGACCGACCAUUUGCUGGCCUGGCCAUACAUCAUGUGGAACGAUCUGCCAUCACUUUCAGCAUGAGCGAUCAAAUUUUAAAGAGAAGAAACGCAGUAAACAAUCGAUAGAUCAAAUCGCGCAGAUAGCGCCUAUGUGGCAUGCAAAAUGACGGGCAGAGACAACCCCCACCUCCCCUACACUCCGAGGGAAGGGACUGUCACGCCGCGCGCAAGACGCAAACGCGCGCGCGCCCUGGUGCGUUCUCACAGUCAGCAUGACGUCAGAGGAGAGCAGGGGUCUCCAUCCCCGCCUCGAUCAGGUCGCGCGGAGCUCUCAGUGGACUACCGAGCCCCCGGCUUGUUGAAGAUAUUCGGGGAAUCGCUGGUGGCGGGCGCGCGCUACAAAAGCGUCCUCGCUUCGACUCGCUCCAGCGCCCAGGAGCUGAUAAAACAAGCGUUGGAGAGGUACGGGUUACCCAGUCGUCUUCACCGUGACUUUGUGUUGUGCGAGUCGGUGGGUAAGUGUACCACCGCCACCACCACCUCAGCCGACGAGGACGGGAGGAGAGGGGAGGGGAAGGAGGCGGAUCUCUCCGGGAGUAUAAAGUCCCGAGCUCGGGCCACGGCCGGAACAGAAAACAAUAAAAAGCGAGGAGGACACCAUCAUCAUCGAUCUUCGUCGCCGCCGUCGUUGUCUUUAUCAGCGGUAACGUCUUCGUCUACGUUAGUGUCGAAAAGGAAACAUAGCGGUGAGGUGAGCGCCAGAAGUUUGGGGUCAGUCACACCAAGAGAGGUCAAGGGCAGAAAGAAAGACAACAGGAGUCCCCUUGGCAGCCCCAGAAAUCUCGGGGACUCCCCACGAACUCCCCUAGGCUCACCCCGAACUCCAUGUGGCUCACCGUCUACUGUUCGGGGCUCACCGCUGGUCAGCGCAAAACAGGGCACACCCAGGAGUAACGGCCACCAACCAGUGCCACAGAAACAUUACGCAUCCGGUGAGGUUCUGGACUACAACCCUCCAAAAGUAUUCGACACCAGCCGCUCAACAGCUCAGCUGAGAGACAUCUACAGACCCCGGGGCGAGCGCUCUACCAGGCUCGUGCCUUCCACGCCCGGCGCAGGAAUCUCUCCGAGACCCAUCAACAAUCUAAACAACGACCUUGACAAAAGGAAUAACAAAUUCGACAGCCGGAAUGUUUCAAAUUCUGGAUCUACAGUGACAGACGAUUCCGCUGGCGAUGAUGCAGGGUGGGUUCAGGUGUAUCUACGUGUUCUUAGCUAUUCAGACAGACCACUGGAACUUCAGGACUACUGGAAACCCCCAGAAGGAUUAAGCCGACGGUUUGAGUUGAGGCGACGCUGUGACGUUGUAAUGAAUGUCAGUGAUGACGACACAAUCGGCCUCAACGAUAACGCGCGUAAAAUCAUGAUGUCCAAAGUGUCCCCUGGUGUUAUUCCACCGAAUUCAUCGGUGACCGAAGAGACUGACUCACAAUGGCGUGGCACUUUGAAGGAAGAAUGGGACAAAGCUUCUAUGAUGACAAACGCCACUUUGUCCAUCACAUCGCCGAGAGAACCUCUUCUCACUAACAUUGUUGAAGGAGAUACCAGACAGGCAUAUGUCUGCCCUUCCAUCUACCCCUAUCUACUCACUUUACGUGGAUGCAGCAUUCAGAAAGAUUUAGUGCUCUACCCUCUCAAGUCUAGAUCACUAUGCGUGGGACGUGCGGAGAAAAAAGGCAAUAGUGACGACAUCAGGUUAUGUGCUGAUGAUGUUUCCGACGUACACUGCCGCGUCACUUUGAAGCGUCUCCCGCAAGUUGGCGAAACCUCCGCUCAGGACGCCCGUCUGUACUGGUACUGCCUCGACCUGGAGAUCUACAGGUCAUCUUACGUCACCGUCAACGGGAUACAGGUGAAACAGAGGGCCACUGUACUUCCUGGAGACCUAUUGGGUAUAGGUCGUCAGUACCUCUUUCUUUACAAAGACCCUACAGGCGGUCAUGACAUACCUUCAGCUGUUCCCUGGUUGCCCGAACGAGACGGCCCAACCCCAUCUCACCCUCUCCAUAACCCUGAGAACAACUCCCCAUCUCCUCUCACCCACUCACAUCAUGUCGCAGAGGAAGCUCUCACUUCGAAUAUUCCCGAAAAUCUGCGCAAUCGGGAAGAUGACAUCACAAACAGUCAGGAUGACGAUGAAUUUGACGUUUUGGACGAUUCCACUCUGAGAGAUGCUGCCAUAUUUUUGGCCUAUCAUCGAGACAAGGAGGUUGAGCUGCUGGAAGGUAUUGCUGACGUCAAGGCAAGUGGCAAAGGAGACUACCCACUGUCUGUGUCUGUGCUGUUUCUGUCAGCUCAUCACUAUGCCGUGAGGAAGUUUUCUGGUGAUCAUCAGACCACCUUCUUCAGGAGAAUGAUCAGGGUUAUCCGUGCAAAAGUUACUUCUUUCUUUCUUCCUUCCUUUCUUUAUACUUUCCCUUAUUGCUUAAGUAAUCAAUCAAUUAUUCUUUACACCUAUCUAUCUAUCGAUUUUUUUAAAAAUUGUUCAUACUUCUCUCUUUUAUCCCCUGAUUUCCAGAAGAAAAAAGCCAUUGUGAACAUGAGGCAGUUCUUUUACUUAAUUCAUUUUCUUUUCAGUGCCAUCACGUCUUUUCCUGGCGACAAACCCGGCCGAUCAGAAACCGAUCAUUUCCCUGACCACAUAGCUUGGCUGUCCAACAGCGUUACUCUGUUGUGUCACUUCCGGAAGCCACAGUUCCAGGAGUAUGUCGGGAGUUUGGCGCGGCGUGCUGACGUCACAGCAGCUGUACAAGAAGCGGCCGGAUGUCUGGAUGAGGUCGUGAACAGUCUGUUCCAGCAGACGGUCUAUGCUGUGACCAAGGUCCUGUACGAGCCCAUCAACAGCUUCAUGCAAGGGGCCAUCUCCGACCAGGGGUCAAAUGUAGCAACUCAGCGCAUAGUGUCUAUCCUUCAGGCAACAAGGGAGCUGACCUCAAGGCUGCAACUACAUUCGGCUGUUGCUAGGCAACUCAUGACCUACGUGCUCUUCUUUAUUUCAACCACUUUGUUCAACAGGAUCAUGGCCAGAGGUAACUAUCUGUUCAGUUUUAUCAUGUCAACAUGUUUUAAGCUUCUUAUUUUUCAAGUUUUAUCUGGCUUUACAAGACUAUUAUGUUUUGUAGUUUUUGUGACAAAAUCGGCUUUGCCUCUCUUUCUUGAAGGUGCGCAGUUGUACAGCUGGGAGGCAGGGUCAAGACUCCAGACGGAUGUGUCUUCGCUGGAGACCUGGGCCAAAGAAGCGGGUUUGGAGGCCGAGUUUGUGAGGGUAUCGGAGCACUUUUUGUCUCUUAUCGACCUUCUUGCCUCUUCAAAGCGGACUCUACUGAAGGUCGGUUCCUUUAACUACCCCAACCCCACCCCCUUUUAUAGAACUACUGUACCAACUAGUAAUAAGAUUAACACUAUAAACAAGCUCUGAAAGCUAAACUACACACGAAAUUGGCUCCCAUUUGAAACACUGGUAGAUUUUUAAUCUGACCAAAAUAUCAGCACGGUGCUUGAACGCUGUUACGACGAGAAAUAAAUGUAAUAAUAUUUUAAUGUGAUAAUGCUAAGAAUAGAAC